AUGUCUUGUCUACUCUACCCCCCGCUAACUAAAACAUCCCCUUGCAAGCUACCAACUACCCACAAAGCGCUAACGGUCGACAGAGAAAUUAGAACAACUGUCAAGAGACUGCUAAUCUUCCAUUUUUACUUCCCGAGCAUGAAGUUCUUAAUACUGUUUAUUUUAUUGGCAUACCAUUUUAAGAAUGGACUUACGGCGAAUCCAAAUACAAAGCAAAAUUUUUGCCAAAAUAAUCGAUGUUUGACUUGCAUUGGUCGAUAUUGUACAACAACGUGCGAAGGUGAAGGCUGCAAAAACUGCCCCCUCGGUGAUUGCUGCGAUGGUACUAAUUGCAACAUAUGCCGCGGAGAAAAGUGUUGUUCUACAAUGGAAUGCAAUACAUGUAUUCACGAAUGCCUAAAACAGUGCCAAGGAACGGCAAGUUGCCAUUAUGACUGCUUUCAACAAUGUAUUCCAAACGGGGAAAAUGGUGCAGAUGAAACAAACGAUAAUCAGAUUAACAGAUCCCCCGGUUCAUCCCUAAUUAGUAACAAGAAUUAUCUACCUGUCAACGUUACAACGAUUAUUAAUAUUACCAACACUAUCCACAACGAAAACCAACUCCAUAAUCCAAUAUUUAUUAACACGACAAAUGUUAACAACUACACUGGACAGAAUAGUUAUCACAGAAAACAAGUUCAAAUUUCUACUAAUACGAACAACAGCGACAUUGAUAUCGUCAAAUCUGAAAAUAUUAACCAACAAAAUUGUUGUGAAGUGAUACAUCCAGAGAUAUGCAGAAGCUACUCACAAAACGUACAGCUAUGUUACACCAGAAAACAUGAUGAAUGUUCAGCACUAUGUACAGGUAGACACAUUCAUAUCGUCGAAAACAAGAACCAAAAGGCACGUUGUAUUGGAAUUGCCACCGAUCCUUAUUGGUAUUGUGGUCAAUAUAUUGUUGAAAAUUGCGAUAACUGUUACAACUGUACAGAUAUAGAUGACACAGAGUGCACCCAAAAUCCGGAUUGUUCAGACGCAUGCAGAUCUGGUUUAAUAGCUAAGGAAUUCUACAACAAACUGUACAGAAAAGAAUAAGUUCUUACAUAUGCUUAAAUUGUUUUGGUUCAACAUGGAUUCCUUGAAAUACAAGAAAUGGUUUUGCAACUUGUGUUUAGUAGUAAAGCUUGCUUUUAAAAUUCCAGCUUAUGAUUUAAAUAUCACUGGAAAUAUUGCUUGAUUAAUCAAAAUAUUAUCGACAAUACACUAAAGUAUUUCGAAAAA